AUGGCCGGCGGUGGAAUUCCGACAGCUCCCGGAGGCGAUACAGCUUACCCAGGAAACCUUACUCUUUACGUCACCGUUACUUGCAUUGUUGCUGCCAUGGGUGGCCUCAUCUUCGGUUACGAUAUCGGAAUCUCCGGCGGAGUGACAUCGAUGGACCCGUUCUUGAAGAAAUUCUUCCCGUCGGUGUACCGUAAACAGAUGGCAGACACGUCGACAAACCAGUACUGUAAGUUCGACAGUCAGAUAUUGACGAUGUUCACGUCGUCUUUGUACUUGGCGGCGCUUGCGUCAUCGCUGGUGGCGUCGAUGGUGACACGGAAACUUGGCCGGAAACUGUCUAUGCUCAUCGGCGGCAUCUUGUUCUGCGCCGGAGCUUUGAUAAAUGGAUUGGCUCAGACGGUUUGGAUGCUGAUCGUGGGUCGGAUCCUACUCGGGUUCGGAAUCGGGUUUGCUAAUCAGUCGGUGCCAUUAUACCUUUCCGAAAUGGCACCAUAUAAAUAUAGAGGGUCGCUCAACAUCGGAUUUCAAUUAUCGAUCACGCUUGGGAUCCUAGUGGCCAACAUAUUGAACUACUUCUUUAACAUGAUCAAAGGAGGGUGGGGUUGGAGGUUGAGUCUUGGGGGUGCCAUGGUCCCUGCGCUGAUCAUCACGGUGGGGUCUGUUGUCCUUCCGGAAACUCCUAACUCCAUGAUCGAGAGAGGUAGAAAAGAAGAGGCAAGAAUGAAGCUUAAGAAAAUUAGAGGUGUCGACAAUAUCGAGCAAGAGUUGUAUGAUUUGGUCAUGGCUAGCGAAGCAUCCCAAAAAGUCGAACAUCCUUGGAGAAACUUGCUGCAAAAGAAAUAUAGGCCACAACUGACAAUGGCUAUAUUGAUUCCAUUAUUCCAACAACUGAGUGGGAUUAACGUGAUUAUGUUUUAUGCCCCUGUUUUGUUCAAAACAAUUGGGUUUGGAGGCAAGGCUUCACUUAUGUCUGCCGUGAUUACAGGUUGUGUAAAUGUUAUUGCAACCUCUGUUUCAAUUUAUGGUGUCGAUAAAUGGGGAAGACGGUUUCUUUUCCUUGAAGGUGGUGCUCAAAUGCUCAUAUGUCAGGUCGCCAUUGCAAUUUUCAUAGGGUUGAAGUUUGGAAUUGAUGGGAAUCCUAGCGACUUGCCGAAAUGGUAUGCCAUUGUAGUAGUGCUUUUCAUAUGUCUAUACGUAGCUGGAUUCGCAUGGUCGUGGGGUCCGUUAGGCUGGCUUGUACCAAGUGAAAUCUUCCCGCUCGAGAUCAGAUCAGCUGCCCAAAGUAUCGUCGUCUCCGUGAACAUGAUUUUCACAUUCAUUGUCGCCCAGUUAUUCUUAACAAUGCUUUGCCACUUGAAGUUUGGGCUCUUCCUCUUCUUUGCUUUUUGGGUGGUUGUGAUGACACUAUUCAUAUAUGUAUUCUUGCCUGAAACAAAAAACAUUCCAAUUGACGAAAUGGUGGUUGUAUGGAAGAAUCAUUGGUUCUGGUCACGAUUUAUGGUGGAUGUCGAGUACCCGAAUGGAAUUGAAAUGAGAAAUGGUGGGGAUGUAGUUAGGAAAGAAGCCACAUGACAUAAUU